GGAGCUAUGGAAGGCCUUGUUGUUGGGCCAGGUGCUGUCGGGGCUUCUGUGUGCCACGGGCGUGACCAGCCAGCUGCUCCAGUCACAGCACGGCCUGGAGAUACCCACGGCGCAGAGCUUCGUGAACUACGUUCUCCUGUGCGCCGUGUUCACGACGUGGCUGGCGUGCCGGGGCGGAGACGCCGGGCUCAUCCCCGUGCUCCGGGCCCGGGGCCUGCGCUACUUCAUGGUGGCCCUGGUCGACGUGGAGGCCAACUACCUGCUCGUCAAGGCCUAUCAGUACACCACCCUCACCAGCAUACAGCUGCUGGACUGCUUCAGCAUUCCCGUGGUGCUGGCGCUGUCCUGGCUGGCGCUCAAGGUGCGCUACCAGCUGGUGCACGUGCUCGGCGUCAGCGUGUCCCUGCUGGGCGUCGGCUGCCUGGUGUGGGCGGACGCCCACGAGGCCGCCGACGCGUCCAACCGCCUGCUGGGCGACAUGUUGUGCCUGGCCGGGGCCGCCCUGUACGGCGUCUCCAACACGGCCCAGGAGGCCUCGGUCAAGCUCUUCGGUGCCGUAGAGUUCCUCGGAGCCCUGGGGCUCUUCGGGAGCGUCAUCAACGGCAUCCAGCUAGCGCUGCUCGAGAAAGAACAGGUGGGUGAAAUCCACUGGGACAACUGGCAGGAAGUGUCCCUGCUGCUGGGCUUCUCGCUAAGCUUGUUCCUCCUGUACCUGCUGAUGCCCGUGGUGAUGCGGCUAUCCAGCGCCACAGCCGCGAACCUCUCAAUCCUAUCCGCUGACUUCUAUUCGCUCCUCAUAGGCGUCUACGUCUUCCACUACAAGUUUCACUGGCUCUAUUUGGUGUCUUUCGGCCUGGUCAUCGCCGGCGUGGCGCUCUACUCUGCCAAGCCCACCCCGCUAGGACUGCGGCGCUCCCAGGACUCGGACCCGGCGCUAUCGUUCACCACGGGCACCGUGAACGGCUCGCAGUACGGGCCGCUGCCCGUGAUGGCAUCCGAUGGCACGGGCCCCCUGCUGUCGGUUUCCCACGCGGUCAGCGUCCACACGUUCGGCACGGAGUCAAGUCCUAAGCCUAACGGAGCGCCUGUCUGCGCCUCCUGAUGCAGCGCGGGGCAGCGCCGUCCCGUGUCUGUGACCUUUGCUCAAGGACUAUUCAACCGCGUCGACACUGCCACCUCGCCAGCACGUUGACCACCGGUCGUUGCAUGUUUUCAUGUUUUUGGGAGGUGCCUGUUUGAGGCCCGGUUUGGCCGAAAAGUAGAGCAAUUUAGGUGUCCCUUUGGAGACGAUUGGAACAAUGUACUGCAUGUUAAGAGGUGUCCAGAACAGUUCAGUUUGGUUUUGUGGACAGUCAGAGUCUGAAAUACUUGUUGUGUAUGCUGUCUUUUGUAUAUGUUUAUAGUCCGCUGCAACUCAAGAAGGUAUGGCGAGAGAAAGAAAGGCCGGGUAGGAGGAUGCAGACGGAUCGCUGAAGAGGAGAGGGGAAAACCUCCUUUUCUCUUUAGCGUUUCGUCUGCUUCCUCCUCACCGGCCUUCCUUUCCCUCGCCCUGCCUUCUUGAAUUGCAACGGACGAUAGUUUCCCAAACGGAAUGAACAAAAAGGAAACAAAAAACUGUACCUGUGGAUUCAAAAUCUCACUGCACAUACUUUUUGAUCACUUUGUGCUUUAUUUGGUAUAGCCAAUAUUUUAGUUGUUGAGAUGUGUUAGUUUUCUUUGCGACUGAUUUGUAUGUACCAUGAUUUUUUUUUAUUCUGACGAGGGAACCUAAUAGUCACAAAAUGAAUUAGUGAUGAAUGCCGUUUAUUUCUGAUGCCGUUGAACUUAACGUGGGGACCGUAGCGGGGAGACAAGUAGUAAUGCGAAAUGAAACUCGAUUACCCAAUUUUAAAGGCUAGCUUAAAACAAAAACUAUUUAACUUGUAAAACAUCGGUUAUGGGUAUUACAAGCAGUCCCACUACAAGCAAUGAUACCGUGAUUACAGCUUUAAUUUUGAAACUACAUAGCAGUCGUGGAAAGAUAACUAGACUUAUACCCAUUCCUUUCUUAGGUUGCAACACAAAAUAAGAUAAAAAUUGCAUACACACUAUGUUAAUUGCGAAGAACCCGUUAAAUAACUGGAUAAAUGGCCGAGGCUAAAAUGUGUUUUUUUUUCUUCAAUUGAAACACAUUUCAGCAAAUGGGUCAGUAAAACAGUCAUGUAUUUAAGUGCAUUUAAAGUGGACUGAAGUGUCUUGUCUUGAUGACUUCGAGAUGGCUUCGCACAUGACUUAAACCGGGAUAGAUGAUAAUGACACGUUCAGGAAAUUAACGGAUCGGAGUGUUUUAAGCUGAGUAAAUGAGAAUAAUGAAGUUAGAUAGUCGACUAAUCAAACAUACAUGCACCAAGGAGUUGUAGGGAAUAAAAGUAUAUGUUUGGGGGUCUCUGGAAGAAUUUUAGAUGCAAGACAGGCGUAAUUUAAAUAAGCGUAUUUAAUCAGAAUGUGAUUAAUCACUGACUUCAGAGUCUUGAAGUAUGUUUAGUAGUUUGCUAACAAAUGUCUUUCUGAUAAUUGAGGCAUAUUUGCAUGUAUCACAAUAUAAUCAAGUCUAAAUCGUGUCAGUGCAUAUCCUCUUCAUGACAAGAUUUAACAUUGUAAGCAGAAAUCGAUCAUUGGCAAAGAUUUAUAUUUUAUAAACUGCAGAUUAAGGAAUAUUAUUAUGGAUUAAUAAGCAGGACAGGCGUUGCCAGUUGCGGUCCCUGACGAAUGUGAAAAUUCACCUAUCAUGUCCAUACAGCAUUAACUUCUACGAAUUUGUUUCGUGGAAGCUAAAGCUGCCGGAAUUGGUUAGCUACAUAGUUGUUAUUGAAGUAGUUGUUCAAUUUAAUGGGGAGUUCAAAUUGGGGUCACCUUAUCGGGCACUCUCGUGCAAUCAAUAGAAGGUUAUCUGAAGUAGAAAUGUAUGUUGUACUGCCAGUUCAAAGUAUCGGAUUUUCUUAACGCUCCAACGUAAGUGGGGCAUCUAAAAAGUGAUUCGUUCUAUCGUGUCUAGACCCUGAAAUGAGAAAUUUCGAGAAAAUGUGAACGAUCUCUCUGCCAUCUGAGCCAGUUUCCGUCACAUAACGUCAUUAUUUCAGUCGAACAAGUAACUAUCUUGCAUCUCCCAGUCUCCAUUUGAAUCCCGGAUAAAAGCUCACCGGACAAAAGCUCAUCGGGCAGAAGCUCACCGGACAAAAGCUCACCGUACAAAAGCUCACCCAUUUUCUAACAGACCCGGACAAAAGCUCACCAGGAAAACAUUUCAAGUUGGUCUUAUAGAGAACCCAAGUUUAGAGAAAAAGGCGAUGAGCCUCCUUUUAGCGAAUUCGGCAACUGCGAAGCGGCGUGUACGGAUAAGUCAGGUGAGUUAACAUUUUUGUAAUGAGCCGCCGCAGACUGCAGCAGGGGUUUGGGUUAACACGCGCAACAGUGAUACACGCGCGAAGUAGAAAAGCCUUUUUUUAAAUGGCGUCCCCAUUUCGAUUAACGGCAUAUAUCUAAACUGUGGCUCUUCUUUCUCUGAACCGUGCUUCAAUGAAACGUGCCCGUUCUCUAAAACAUGUUUCGACGAAAUGGCAUUCGAGCAACCGUAGUAAACCCUUGCGCGGGAUGGGGUACAAGUUCACCAAAAAAUGGUCCAAUAUCCAUCGUGUCCGCAUUUUAUUUCAGCCCGUGUUUAGCCCGAGUAGCGAGAAAAAAUGAGGUGAGCUUUUGUCCGGGUUUGUGAAAAAACGGGUGAGCUUUUGUCCGGUGAGCUUCUGUCCGGUGAGCUUUUGUCCGGUGAGCUUUUGUCCGGUAACCUCUUCAUUUAGGGGCCGUUUGGCUAAUUUCGUAACAGCCUUUCUGCAUCACGAAGGACAAAGGAGCUUCAAAAUGAUAUGAAACGCUGUAUGAAUUAUUACGAGCGAGCUUGCCGGCUGUGGACGACAAAAUGUGAGCUGCUCAGAAUUGGAGCAAUGCACAGCUAAGGUUCGUGCCUUAUCUGGAACUUCUUUUUUUUUUUUAUGUACAGAAACUUUAUGGAGGGACAAAUUCAGAUUUUCUUUUUUAGGGCAAUGCUUGGAGUUUUAUUUAACUUCAUUGGAAGAUGCUGCAAGUUAAAAAAAAAAAAACGUAGCUUAAGGUGCAUUCUUAAUUAGUCGAUUUUGGGCUUCAAAGAACGUUACAUCUGUUGCAAGCUAUGUCCUUUUUUUUUUUUUUUUUGAGCGGAAAAAUUUUACAAAAGUAGAUAAGUCAAAAGAAAGUAAAUUUUAAAGCUAUUUUUCAAUAUUUUAUAGUUUGCUGCGCUUGUUUCACAGGUUUCUUUUUAUUUUGCUUUUGAACCCGAUGUUUUCUUAGGCAGUUUUGUUGUAAAGCUGCUGCAUAGCGUAUUCGUUGAAGUAGUUGAAUGUAGCUGUGUCAUUUUUGUGCGGAUCAAAUCUCUGAUGUGUGACAAAAUUGCUAAUUUCGUUUUUAAUUGGGUUUUAUUCUGUUUAUAUUUGGCAUUUUGUUUGGGACAUUAACCAGAUUAAAUUCCAAAUGUAAAAAAAAUAUACUCUCCGUUUAUUUUUAUAUUGGUUUUCUAAUGAUUUCCAUUACCUUGGGAAUCAUUAGUUAGGGAAGAAGCUCAGGUGGCGUCCUAAAUAACACUGACGGCGUGGCCUUGGAUGUGUCUUUUUUUAAUUAUUCGUAGUUGUCUCUGCAUCAUUUUUCAACCCACAGAGAUAAAUUUAAGGUGUGUUAACUCGCAUAUUCCGUGCGCGUAUUAAUCCAACCUAUUGGGCAAACUUGCGACAUUGUCAUUCGUUUGUACGCUUUGCUAGAGCCGGCAGCUUAAUGGUUGCGUGCGUACAGAGCGCGACACUGUUAGCGCGAACAAAAACCGUCAUAAAAACGAAUACGGUGGUGGGUCGGGCUCAUUUAGGCUAAGAGGUAAAAAAAAAAUGAUGCCCGUAUUCUUACCCUUUCUAACAAAUUCCAAAAAAGCGCGUGUGCGUGCUAGCAGUGUACCGGAACCUGUGCAUUGAUAAGACGUGCUCAUGAAAUUCUACACCGAAUUGUACAGCCGAACACUUGUUGUGAACGCACUUUUCUACUUACAGAGUGCUGUUCUGAAACCAUGGAUGAGCUCUUUUACAAUAAUAAAUCAUUUAUAAC